UUUAACCCGAUCAGCAUCAUCCCGGGCUGUGUGUGCUGUCCCAAGCGGCUGACUGAAUGAAUGCAGGGUGCUGAGAGAGAGAGAGAGAGAGAGAGAGAGAGAGGCCGAGGCUGAUCGCCUGCAACUGACAGCAUGCGGAGGUGAAAACGGACCUCUUAUCACCGAUCGAGGUUUACAUCCUUGACGGUACUUUCUUUUUAAACCCCAGGAUCAGUCAUUAAAAAAAAACAGAUUAGUGAUCUAUUCCGAAGUAGCCAUGCAUUCGAGCAGAGGAUUAUCGAGGAGGAAUUGCCCCGAAUCCCUGAGCUGCAGCUGGGGCACCGAGCUCUGGGAUCAGUUUGAUAACUUGGAGAAGCACACGCAGUGGGGCAUUGAGUUUGUGGAGCGCUACACCAAGUUUGUCAAGGAGAGAUCCGAAAUCGAGCUGAACUACGCCAAGCAAAUAAGAAACCUCUCUAAGAAAUAUCAGCCCAAGAAGAACUCCAGAGAAGAGGACGAGUACAAGUACACCUCCUGCAGAGCGUUUCUGAUGACGCUGAACGAGCUGAAUGACUACGCCGGGCAGCACGAGGUCAUCGCAGAGAACCUCUCAACACAGAUCAUCUCAGAGCUGGUGCGCUAUAUCCAGGAGCUGAAAGCCGAACGGAAAGCGCAUUUCCAUGAUGGUCGCAGAGCUCAGCAGCAUAUCGAGAACUCCUGGAAACAGCUGGAGUCGAGCAAACGUCGGUUUGAGAGAGACUGCAAAGAAGCCGACCGUGCCCAGCAUUACUUUGACAAGAUGGACGCCGACAUUAACGUGACCAAAGCCGAUGUGGAGAAGCGGUGUUCACUCAAGGCUAAACAGCAGGCUCAAAUAAGGCAUCAAAUAGCUGAUGACAGUAAGAACGAGUAUCUGUCCUACCUGCAGAAGUUUAAUAAAGACCAACACGAACACUACUACACCCUCAUCCCCCACAUCUUUCAGAGGAUCCAGGAGAUGGAGGAGAGACGGAUUGAGAGAAUAGGGGAGAGUAUGAGGUGCUACGCCGAGGUGGAGCGCAAAGUGCUGCCCAUCGUUAAUAAGUGUCUGGAUGGCAUGACCAAGGCAGCUGAGUCCAUCGAGCCCAAAAUGGACACCAAGCAGGUGGUAGAGACGUACAAGUCAGGCUUUGAGCCCCCGGGCGAUGUAGACUUCGAGGACUACAGUGUGUCCAUGAAGAGAGCCGUGUCCGAGUCCAGCUUCCUGAACGCACGUGGAGAGAGUCGGCGCAGGAGCCGAAGCAAGCUGUGGCCUUUAAUUAAGAGAAAUAAGCUUAUGUCUUUGCUAGCGUCGCCUCGUCAGCCCCCUCCCCCUCCCCCCACGUCGCCCUCUCCAGAAGGCCUGGCCAACGGGCCGCACUCGCCCCCGCACAGCAAGGAGCCGCUCGGACAGCGCCUCAACGACUUCAUGAGCUCCAAACACAAGAUGCAGUGCCUGAGAAGCCUCAAGCGUGGGCUCUCCCUGAAGCUGGGAACAGUCCAGGAGGAUUACAGUCAUUUACCCCCAGAGCAAAGGCGAAAGAAAUUGCAGGCCAAGCUUAAUGACAUCAGCAAAGACAUCCAGAAAGAGAUGGAUCAGAGGGACGCACUGAAUAAAAUGAAGGAAGUGUACAUCAAGAACCCUCACAUGGGCGACCCCAACAGUGUGGACCCACGUUUAGAGGAGGUGCGGCAGAGCAUCGAGAAAUUCCAGCUCGAGGCACACAAAUAUGAGACCUGGCUAACAGACGUGGAGAGGAAGCUGCUGGAGAAGGACAGCACUCUGCGGAGACAAAGCGCCCCUUUUGAUUCACAGGGAAACGCAGCCAACGUCGCUAACAGCUGUGCGCAGAACAGAGAGAGUCCGGACGGCAGCUAUACGGAAGACCCCAGCACGGAGACGGUGCAGUUCAAGUCCCGCAGCACUGAGUUCGACGACGAGUUCGACGAUGAAGAACCUUUACCCACCAUAGGAACGUGCAAGGCUCUCUACCCUUUCGAAGGUCAGAACGAGGGCACCAUCCCGAUGGCGGAAGGCGAGAUGCUGUACGUGAUCGAGGAGGACAAAGGCGACGGCUGGACUCGUGUGCGCAGGAACGAGGACGAGGAGGGAUACGUGCCCACGUCCUACAUCAAGCUCUGCUUUGACGCCAACUCCAAAGGUGCCAUGACCUAUAUUUAACCCACAGAGCUAAAACAACAUGCGUAGCAUCAGCGCCUUCUUCUGACUAUCCCUGUCCUCUGGCCAUUUUUAUAGGCCAGGAGGAUGGUGUAUAAGCUUCACUUUAGGCCAUUUCUGCUUUUUAAAAUGUUUUUUUUUUUUUUUUUUUGCAUAUAAGAAUGCAAGAGAGAGAGAGCUGGACGGACUAAGAGCUAUCUGAAAAACCACCUCCAUCCUAUAGGACAGGAAGUGGACUGAACUCAAUGUGCAACAUAUCAUGUAGCAUAUCAGACUAUUUGUGUCAGUAUUUAUAGGCUUCUUUAUUUUGCAUCUCUCUCCCUCAGUGUGAAAAAGAUUGGGGGGAAAAAAGACUUUUCUGUCCAUAAGGAUGAGAAGGCAAUAGAGCCACCAUUGAGGUGUGCUGGUAGAAAACGCUGCUUAAUUUACAUUUCAUAUCAUAUCUUUGGGUAUUGUGGUUGUUUUUGUAUAAAAACAAAAAAAAAACAAAACCAUGUAUGUUUAUAUGUCUGUCUAUGGCUGAGCCACAGGUAAUAUUUCAUUUUGAGCUAAGCAAAUUCUUUAAAUUUGGUAAAGAGAUAUUGACAGUCAGCAAUAACGGUGUUGUGAGGCUCCAGUCAAAUAUCAGAUUGUAUUUCAAAAAAAAAAAAAAAAAAACCCCAGACAUUUUCAAUUUUUAUUACAGUUUCUGUACUUCAGUGUUUAAAAUCCUAAAUUAUAUCAAUGUAAAUACUCUACGAGCAAGCAUGAAAGAACCAUGUCUAGUCUAACGUUUACUCAGGUACUUAUUUCUUUGUAUUUGUUUAACUAAUAAAUAUACGUUUUCCCCCAAGCAGUUAGAUUCAAGCUAAACGUGUAUAGUCAUAAUUUAAAAAAAAAAAAAAAGAACUAGCUACAUUAAUUCCUGCAUGCUCAUAACAAAUUUAGCUUUGAAUAGCUUUACAUUUUCCACGAUCUCUCAUUUGAGACAGCAGCUAAACCAAGCUAGAGUAGUUAAAGUGCUAUAAACAAAACGACGUGCGUGAGAGAAUAAAAGAGUCCACAGUUUUUGGAAACGUUUUGCAUGCAGUUCUUAUCACAUCCGACAAGGCGAACCAGUUGAAGACAUUUCCAUGACGAUUUAAAUGACGCAAAGCGAAAAAAAAAUAAAGCACAUCUCGUGAUUUCCGAUGCUAAUAGUAUUGAUAUGAUUGCAGCUGCUUCUGCAUGCUUUUUUAACGCAUACAGGCUUUCUGUCGCUGUAAGAUUAAAGCUUGUCCAUCGUCUUUUGUCUUUUUUUUUUCCUGUAAAGCAAUAGUAGCUGUAAAUUCUGCCUCACUGCUUUAUAGACUGAUACAGCAGGAAAUAUUAACACUGACACUUUUUUGAUCACCGGCUAGGUGAUGAAUUGACGUAUGCAUGAGGAAAACGGCGACAAAGUAUUGUCAUGGGUUAGUACUGUAUUUUUUGGACUGUUAGACGUAAUCGAGUAGAAGACCCUUCCACCACAGGUGUAGUGCGCAUCGUAUGGAUAACUUCACGCAGGCCGAGACCUUCCGACAAAGUCACGUAGUGACGUGUAAUGCUGCAUUAGCAAUAAAAUAAUGCUGUCAUAGAAGCUAUUUUUUUCCUGAGCCCUUCUCGGUCGGUUCUCAUGGGGUCGACGCAGAACCCAGGCAGGUUCAUAGCACCACACAGACAUUUCUAAGUUUACUUAGAAAUACAGGAUGGUCAAAGCAUUUUGUAUUUAAUAAGCUGUAAAAGUCACAUCAUCUGCUUGUGGGCAAAUAAAAAGUGUCUUAAAAAUUGUCUCCAGAAAUGACGGUAUUCCUAUGCCACAUGUCUAACAUCUUGUGUGAUUUUUUUUUGUUUGUUUGUUUGUUUGUUUUUUCUUUGCUUCUUUUUUUUUUUUGUUCUUUUCUUUGCAGAUCCCUAAAAGCGUUUGGCUGGCACAGGAGUGGCAGGGCAAGCGUCCUUGCGUGAAACAUCCUGCUCUUUAAUGCGUAGUCAGAGAGGUGCUGUGUGAGGCCGUCUGACAGGCCGAUCCAUUCUUAACACAAACUCUGAAUCUCCUCUUCUUCGGGCCAGAGGCAGAAAAAACACACCUGCGCGGAAUAUUGUCUGAGAUCUUUUUUUUGUUUCUUUGUUUGUUUGUUUGUUUUUUAAAUAACCCGUGUGCUAAUGAUUUGCAGAGCUUGCUUCUCGUGUGAGCCUAGACUUCUCAGCCUUGUGUAGUAGCUGCUUGCUGUCUGACCAGAGCCAUUAGUUCUAAUCUCUAGUCCUCAGAAUCAGAUACAGGACCGUGACGUGCUUCUAGUCAAGCUGGUUCGCAUAAUAGUCAUGAUCCAGUAGCUGCUGUCUUUCUCUGGCCUGCAGUAGGUUCUUGAGGAUCCCUAGGGCAGUGAUUUUUAUGAACGUAUUUAUCAGGCCAUUGUGAAAACCGAAAAGCAUUUAAAUGUUAGGGCGGGUUAAGUGGGCGGGUGUUGGGAGGGUUGUUAUUUUUAAAGGUAUAUCAUAUAUCAUAUACAAAAUGGUGGGUUUUUUUGUGACUAAAUCUGAGUGAAGUGGUUGAAGCGGGCAGCUUUAGAGUUGCAGUCCUUCAGUCGGUCACUCUUUCCUCACAGAGGUGAAAGCAGUGCCAUCUCACUCACUCACUCAUGCUCACUUUCUUCCCUGUAUUGUGUGUAUACGCCACAUCUCCUGUCUUUCUCUCACUUUUCUCUCUCUCUCUCUCUCUCUCUCUCAAACUAAUAGCGCUUUUGCAUUGGACACUGCGGCACGAUAUAGUACAGUUACUAAUCCAAAUCUAGAUCUACUGGUUGAGUCCCUGUGUCCGUUGUCCAUUGGCUAGCUGUAAAAGUAGGUGGAGUUUUCUGAAGGUUGUGAGGUGGUUUAAAUAGCAGAACACUCGGCAUAUAAUCACGAUUAGAUACGUCGAUAAGUGUGUGUGCGGCUCUGUCGCUUGUCUACCUCCGAUGACUCGUACUAAUCAAGAAACAGAGUGAAUUCGCUGGCCUGUUGUAAUUGCAGAGCGUAAGUAAGUAAAGGGUGCCAAUAUUUAUCUUUAGUUUAAAAAAAAAAUCACGAGAAUGCCGGUUUUCUUUGUGAUAUUAAAAUUCAACAAAAAGAACAAGUUGGAACGCCGUUUCUGUAAUCUCAAGUGAGACACAUCGUGCACUUCACACAUUCAGUGUAGGUAUUUAGCGAAUAAUAAAACACUUAGGAAAAUAAUCAACAGCCACAAAGGUGAUUUUUUUUUCCUAUAACACAUCCUGCUGUGUUUUAUUUCGCUCGCUCUAUCACUAGCCCCUCUUCUUUCCAAUACAAAAAAAAUACAUCCAGUGAGACUGCUAAAUGCAAAGUCUUCUUACUGACUGUUACAAAGUGCUGACGCUGGAGACUCCUUCCAUAAAUGUUAAUAACUGUCUCCUUACAGGAAGCUUCACUAUAGCAAGGAUUAUAUGUUUUUCCUUUGUUCAAGACAAACAACACUUAAAAUAAGAAAAAGAUUACCUAAUCUUUUAGAUUUCAGGUAAUCUUACAGGUCCAUGUGAAUGAGUUGUUACUAUAGUAACGAUUAUGUAUUAGAACAAGCGAAUUCGUAUAAACAUGCGAGUUGCUGUUAUAGAAAAUUAAUCAACACCUUCUGGCCAAUCAGAAUGGAGAAUUCUCUUGAUAGAUAAUCUAGAAUGAGGGAUUUGUUAUCGUACCCCACUGUCUGGUGGAAAAGCGCAAAUAUUCUUUGUAGUUUCCUCUCUCUACCCUUCCUGUCUUCAUCUUCCUGUCUCUUACUUUUUCUCACUUUAAGUCUGUUUUUUGGCAUCCCUUUUUUUUCUCCAUCCAUCUCUAGCUCUUUCAUUGUAGUUUUUUUCUACUCUCUCUUUCUCUCUUUCGAAAUCUCUCUCUCUCUCUUUCUCAACUUCUCUCAA